AUGGCCACCCUCCCACAACAGGCUCCAGGGCCAGGUCCAACCGACCAGGCCCUGCCUUCAUAUCUCUCGUACUCACCGGUCGCGACAAAUGUCAUCACCUACACCUCGACCAUCACUCAAGUGGUGUAUGAUCCGCAAGGCGGCUUUGCACCCUUUCAGACACUCGGUACUAUCCAAGAGGUGACGACAAGUGUCACGUACUCGGUGGUGAAUGUGCCUUUGCUGUAUACGGGGCCAUUUCCUGCUCCGGAUUUGGGGACACUGUAUACUACUCCGGGACAGGCGCUUCCUUCUGCUACGCCGACAGCGACUGAGAGCAAUGGCGUGGCGCCGACUGCAACCGCAACAGCAGGCGAGAGUAAUGGAGGAAGUGCAGAUGGAGGAGGGGCAACACAGACAGCUGCACCCAUACCUGCAGCAACGACACCUGCAGCACCGACAGAUACUGCUGCAACAGCAGGAGGGACAGCCGCUGGCACACAGGACGGAUCAGUGACUGCAGAGUCAGCACCUUCAACAGCACCAACAGCAACAGCUACUUCUCCACCUACCACAGACACCGCUAACCCUACUGCCGCACCGACAACUCCGCCAACAUCAACAGUUCCUACCGGUAGCUCCAACAUCACCACCAAUCCAGCUUCUUCCCUCCCCACAUCAUCCGCUACUCGCAGCAACGCCUCCACCAACAACCCCUCAGCGACAGUAGCUGGCGCACCCAACAACCCCAACAAUCCCCAAAAUUUAGCCUCCAACGGCCUUUCCGGCGGCCAAAUAGCAGGCAUAGUCCUCGGCUCAUUCUUCGCUCUUCUCCUACUCCUUCUCCUACUCCUCUGCUGUCUCCGUCGAAGACGAAAGCAUAAGCAACAAGCAGCCGUGCUCUCCGCAGCCACCGGUGGAACUGGACCAGCCUUCGCAGCCAACAACCGCGGGAAUAAUGCACGGGGCAACUAUGCAGCCAUUGGCACCGGUGCUGCCGCAGGUACUGCUGAUGCGCGACGACCAAGUCUAUCAGGCAGCGAUGACUGGGAAGAAGAUCAUCUCACCGGUGGUGGUUCUGGAUCCGGAUUCUUCGUUGUCGGAGGUCGUCGACUUGGACCUGAUCGUCGUGCAAGCAUUGCUUCUCGUCGCUCCCAGCGAAAUUUUACUGCUGGAAAUGUGGCUUCUUCCACCCCUACCUCCAGUGGUCAAGGAGGGGGAUUCGCGGGGUUCUUUGCCGCCGCUCUGGGUCGAAAUAAAAAUAAAAGCAGGGUCGAGAUUGAAGAAGAACAGCAACCGCUCAGUGACGAUGAGGUAGGGGAUGGAAGUAUGGCUGAGCGAAGGGGUUUGAUGAAUCCCCAUGACUCGCCAGGUGGGCGGAGUGGGUAUGGGUCGGGACAGGAGAUGAGAGAGACGGGUAGAGCUGAAGUUGUCGGUCCGGCUGCUGCUUUACUUGCUGCUAGUGGUGGAGCUGCUGCGUAUGGAGCAAGUAGGGAUGGAAGAGGGUCGAGAAGCGGAUCGGAAGCUCUUUCUAGUUCGGCAGCGACAAAUAGCUCGCAUACCCAAAAAGCAAGACAGGGGGUGAGCAGUAGUAAUAGUACCGGCGGGUUCACGUCUAGUGGUGGCAGUGGGACAAAUACAAGUCUGCCACCUCCUCCAAGGGCGCCUCGCUCUUCACCGCAGCAACCGCUGACAACGUACAACAACGUCGACGCAGGUUCGGCGGAGACUACAAAUCCGCGCUUUUCGGCAACGACAAUGGGCAGCACUUUAACCGGCACGGGUGUGGGAGGAGGAGUCAACCCUGCACUCAUGGGCUUGGGUGCAGGUGCAGCUCUCGGCGGGCUAGGCGCGCUUGCAGCUGGCCAUCGAGAGAGCGAAGGAAGCUCUUACUCCCGCCAUCGGGGAGCUCAGGAUAUCAGAGCUUCGCACGUGAGCGAGAUGUCAGCUGAUGAGUUGCGACAUCUACGCUCGACCGAUCCGGAGAGGUACAGCCGUUUCAUUUCCUCCGGCUCGAACCUGUUGGGUCCCGACUACCAGCCUUCGCCAGACCCAGAAGCUGAUGCAAAGGAGCUUGAUGAUGCUAACGCAGCAGUGGGAACGAUGAGCGGUGGCGGAUCGACGUUCCAGCGCACCCGUUUGCCUACCAUUCGAAGCGUUGGAGAGUUCGGUGAAAAAUCCGACUCCCCCGGCACUACACGCUAUAAUCAGAGCUCUGGAAACCGCACCACUCAUUUAUCCUCGAUGCACGCGUUCAGCGUCAACUCUGGCUCCAUUGGUGCAGCUUCUGCUGGGUCUCGAGGCAAUAUUGUUUCGCCUCUUCCCCAAUACGAAGCACAACAGCUCCAAGCCGGUGAAGCACUCCCCCAUUACACCUACCAUGACCAACCCCGCGCAACAGCAGAAGAGGAACAGAUUCAAAGUCCAAUCUCAGAAGGUGCUGAUCGAUUUGUCACCCCUCCUGCCUCGCCACGCAAUACUCUUGGCGGUGUUGACAAAUCCAGCUUUGACGAUCCCACACAACGAUACGAUGCCCCAGAAGGACAGGACCGGGGAGCUGAACUCGAGGAAGGCGGAGUAGCAAGUGCAGGCAUCCUCGGCGGAGUCGCAGCAGGAUGGCGACGCUUGACGAUGGGUCAAUACGCAUGGGUUCCAGACACUUCUUGUCCUUCUCGUAACGCUGAACAUCAGCAAUCCGGCUUUUAUCGAGACUCAUCCGGCGAGCUAGGCGCUGAUCCUGAAGGUAGGAGUAGUCACGAUCAACAACCUUCCGAAGACUCCAGCCGACUCAUUCACCACAACAGGAGAGCGUCGAGACUCGAGACAAGCGAAACAGGGUUAGCGUCUAGCGUGAGGAGCGAAAGAGCGAGCGUGUAUGGUCCAUCGGCACUUGAACAUGCUACGAAUACUAGUAGGAGCUCUCCGGUGGCUCAUUUGAGCUCGAAGGAGGGAUCUGGAAGUUCCGGCGAGCAACGACAACAACAGCGGCAGCGGGGAUCAAGUGAAUCCGGCGCUGCAGUGGGCGCGCGAUCUCAUCCCUCUUUAUCGAGUCAAAACUCACCUUCAACCGCAGGAGGGUACGCAGCUUCACAAUCGAACUCCUCUCUCAGUGGUCGACGAACUAUCGCAAGCGAAAGCAGCGGGCUGGACAGCCUCAGUGCAGUUGCUCAACUCAGUUCUAGGAGCACAGGCAGUGCUUCCACACGCUCAGGAUAUCGAUCGAGCAGCCGUAGCAGAGGUAGCAGUAGAGGCGGUAGAGGGAGAAGAUCGGGUGGGCUGAGCAGUGAAGCGAGUAUGGGAAGUGGUGCGUCGACAGGUGCUGCGAGCUACAGUCCUAGUGGAGUGCUCAGUCGUGGCAACACUACCAGCACACGCGGCCUCGGUGCUGGCGAGGAAUCUGGACCCACGGGUAGGGCUGUAUACUUCCCCUCCGGUGCUACUGGAGAGUAUGAUGUAGGGGAAGAAGAGGAAGAAGGCGAUGAGGACGAAGUAGACGUGGCCAGUGCAAUCGCCACGGAAGGCGCAGGCAGUGGAUCUUAUGAGAGGAGAGGAAAAAGACCUCGAAGCUCGAGUGGUGAUGGACUAAGUAGGCUUGAUAGCUUGCUCGAGACGAGCGAGGAUCCUUUUGCCGAUGUUGAAGCUAUGCCUACCGUUCCUCCGCCCGCAGGAGGUCACUACCCGAGCUCAUCGCUCGGUGCUGCUGUCUCUCGUACUGCCGCCCGCGACGCCACCGAAAGCAACCCAUCCUACCUCCAAUCAAACCCUCUCCCACAACGCUCUCGCAUCCGCUCACUCCAACCAGGAACUUCAGCACCUGUACCCACCGCUCUAGCACCAUCGCUCUCGACCCCUUCUCUCAACUCUUCCUCAACCAGCAACCCCAACCUCCCCACCGAAACCGCACCUCAAGAAACCAUGCAUUCGAGAGGCAGCGGCAGCCUAUCCUCGAUCCCCGCUUCAGCCAGUUGGCGACCUUCCCCUCGUGCAGCCUCCGCCGUCCAACGCGCGGCUGAGGCUCAAGCAGCACUACUCGCACAACAACAACAGAGUGGACCUACUCCUCCCCGUAGUCAAACAGCGUCACCCUCGUGCGCUGGAGCUUUGUACAACUGGGCUGAUUUGGACACUACUUUCCGCUCCGGACCUGGAAGUAACGGGAGACAGCCAAGUGCUGACCUUGAAGGCGCGAGAGCCGAAGGGGAAGAAGAUAAGGCGAAUAAGAGUUUUGAAUGGCCAAAGUUCUUGCGCUUCUAA